AACCCCCAAGGCCAAAACAGAAAAAGUGAUUGCAGAAACUUGUGAGACUCUCUCACGCUUAAACCCCUUCGAAGUUUAAACCUCUGGCGUGGCUUGUUGGACACAAAGAAGCUCCAACCAAGAUGCAGGGUGUUGUAAAAAAAAUGACCAAGAUCAUUUCACGCAGACAAAUUCUAGGUUUUCGUUCCUAUUGCGCUGACAGGGUUGGUGUUGAUAUUGGACAACCAACCUCUGCAUCUCAUCCGCAGCUACUAAAAGAUGGGGAGCUCACACCAGGCAUAUCUACUGAGGAAUACAUCCUAAGAAGAAAAAAAUUAUUGGAACUUCUCCCAGAGAAGAGUCUGGCCAUCAUUGCUGCUGCCCCAGUAAAGAUGAUGACGGAUGUUGUGCCUUAUACAUUUCGACAAGAUGCUGAUUACUUGUAUCUCACUGGCUGCCAACAGCCUGGUGGUGUGGCUGUUUUAGGACAUGACUGUGGUUUAUGCAUGUUCAUGCCAGAAGCUAAGCCUUAUGAUGUGAUUUGGCAAGGGCAAAUUGCAGGAGUUGAUGCAGCGUUAGAUGCAUUCAAGGCUGACAAGGCAUAUCCAAUGAGAAAAUUGCAUGAGAUCCUUCCAGAUAUGAUAAGGGGUUCAUCAAAAUUGUUCCACAAUGCUCAGACUGCAACUCCAGCAUAUGUGGAAUUGGAAGCCUUCAAAAAGUUAGCUUACUGUAACAGUGUAAAAGAUCUAUCGGUUUAUACCCAUCAGUUGCGAUGGAUAAAGUCACCUGCAGAGCUCAAGCUGAUGAAGGAAUCUGCAUCAAUUGCUUGUCAGGCUCUUUUGUUGACAAUGCUGCAUUCAAAGACAAACCCUUUUGAAGGUAUGCUAGCAGCAAAGGUGGAAUAUGAAUGCAAAGUGAGAGGUGCCCAGCAAAUGGGAUUCAAUCCUGUGGUGGGUGGUGGGCCUAAUGGAAGCAUUAUACAUUAUUCUAGGAAUGAUCAGAAAAUAAAACAUGGAGAUCUUGUUUUGAUGGAUGUUGGGUGUGAGUUACAUGGUUAUGUUAGUGAUCUUACUCGUACCUGGCCACCUUGUGGUAGCUUUUCUUCUGCCCAGAAAGAGCUUUAUGCGCUUAUACUGGAAACAAAUAAGCAUUGUGUGGAACUCUGUAAGCCUGGUGUCAGUAUAAGGCAAAUACACAACUAUUCGGUUGAAAUGCUGAAGAAAGGACUCAAAGAGGUAGGAAUCUUGAGAGAUGUUGGAAGCAAUUCCUACAACAAGCUGAACCCAACCUCUAUAGGUCACUAUCUAGGAAUGGACAUCCAUGACUGUUCAAUGGUCAGCUUUGACUGUCCUCUGAAGCCAGGUGUUGUAAUAACUAUCGAACCGGGAGUGUACAUCCCAUCAUCUUUUAAUGGUCCAGAAAGGUAUCGAGGUAUUGGCAUAAGGAUUGAGGAUGAGGUUCUCAUCACAGAAACAGGUUAUGAGGUCUUAACAGCAUCAAUUCCAAAAGAAGUGAAGCAAAUUGAAUCAUUACUAAACCACUGCCUCGGAAUUGGAGUGGAUAGCCAAAAUAACAUGAGAGCCACAUCAAGUUGAUAUUCCCCAUUCGCAUUCAAGAACCACCACGACAUUGAAUCCUUGAGAUGUGAUGGCAUGGGCCUAAUUCUAGGAGCGGUUACGUUUUUUAUUUAUUUAUUUCAAAUCUUUUAAUUUUCGUUUCCUGGAUAUUAAUUUUUAACCUCUUUGACGUCGAAAU